CAAACGGGCUAAUUAGCGGUGUCUGCGCAAUUACGCACAUGCGCACUGCGCAUAAUCUCAGCCAUUUUUUGAAGGAAACUAAUUAGCAGGAAUAAAGAGCCAAGUGUUUUUUCCUCCCCUCAGUGAUCAGAACUCAUUCUACCUCUGGAGCUCGCACAAACCCCUCCGUCCCCAUCUCUUCUGUUUACUACAGCCUCUGUAUGUAGCUUUAAUUACACAGUUGUUGGGAAACAACUUGGACCCCGCUGCUCCCUCUCUCUCUCUCCCUCCUCUCUUUUUCCCCAUUUUUUUCUCCUUUUCUUGGCUCCGUUAAAACACAGCAAAGGAUCAUUCAUAAGGAAUGAGCGGAGACUCCAUGCGACUGCUUUCUGGACUACUAGACAUUCAGCGUGUGGAGCUUUGUGCCGGGGAAGCUGCAGAAAUGUGGUCUGGUAAUGUGCGGCAGCUGUAGCCUCUGGUAUGGACACCGGUGAGGGAGGGGGAGGGGAUGGAGGGGGAGGAGAGGAGAGAGAUGCUGACCUCAGUCCCCAGGCUUUAACUCUCCCUCUCUUGACCCUGGCAGUCAUUCCUGAGCAGAGGCUGUCCUCUCAUACCUCAGCCAUGGCCCCUGCCAAAGAAUCCCUGACCCCGCCUCAGCAGGGUAAGAAGGGCGCAGAGGGGUCCAAGGCUGGAGAGGGAGGUGAGCAGAAAGAAGGGAGCCAACAUCCGCCGGAGAAAGGACUGCUUCAAAACCAUGGGUUUAAAGAAGACUUUGGGGAGGGGUAUCUGUCAGGGCAGAGGAAAGAAGAAGGACAGGCGCAUGAAGGUGUGGCAGACGCCUCACAUACAGGGGGCCUGUCAGCGGCCCUCGGCAGCAGAGGCAGAGAGGAGGGGAAGCAAGAGGAGGAGGCCAUUUCAAACCAAAGUCAAACAAAAUCCAAAUGUUCUUUAUUACCUCAACAGAGCCAGUACAGCUCUUCUUCCAGCACUGCAAAGGCCAGUGGCACACUCGACAGCAAAACAGCCGCCUCUCCAAAGCCCUCCCACACUCCCCCCUCUUGUCCAAAGCCCUUCCCUUUUUCUUCAGUCUCUCCAAAGCACUUCAGUGGUCCAUCAUCCUCUUCUGCCCUGCUGAGCGAGACAGAGGUAAAAGACAUUAAAGGAGAUCAGGGCUGGAUUUCUGGGUUUCCGCAGAGCUUUAGAUCCCAGCAGUCUUCUAUGGCUUUUCCGCUGGCAGGUACGGAGCCUGCCAGCGCACCUGCAGAGGAUGAUGUGGGAGCCGGGGUUCCUCACUCUUCCAUUUCCAAUGGAAAUGGUGCCAAAGCUCCAGAACCAAAUGACAGUCAGUUAGACACAGGGGGGGAUGACGAGAAAGACAAAGAAGAACAAAAAGAAGGGGUCCCUAAAAGCCUCAACCAAGACCUUUCAAAUAACUCUCUGACCAGUCACAUGACAAUAAUGCACUCACGCAAUUCUUGCAAGACUCUUAAAUGCCCAAAGUGCAACUGGCACUACAAGUCUCAGCAUACACUGCAAGUUCACAUGAAGGACAAACAUCCAGAGACGGGAGGCCAGUGCGUGUGUGGCACCUCUGGGGGAAAGUGUGUCUGUGGUGGUGGAACACAAGGUGUGUGUGGGUACUGCUCCUCUGGAAAACCCCAUCCUCGAUUGGCCCGGGGUGAAACAUACGCCUGUGGCUACAAGCCUUACCGCUGUGAGGUCUGUGACUAUGCUACUUCGUCAAAGGGCAACCUCAGCAUACACAUGCAGUCCGACAAACAUCUGAACAAUGUUCAAAAUGGGGGACAUGCAAAUAGUCACAUACAAAGUGCUCUCAUUACCAACAACAGCAGCUCUUCUGGCAGUCACCCAGUGGAUGAACAGCCUUACAGCAAGCUCCCGCUCGCUAUUCCGACACCCACUGCCCAGCCUGCUAAAAUCCCAUCACCUGCUCACUCCCACUCUCAUGGUAAGCGGUGGCGAUGUGACGUAUGCGACUACGAAACCAGCAUUGCCCGCAACCUGCGCAUACACACCACUAGUGAGAAACACACACACAACAUGCUGCGGCUCCAGAGAGGCUACUACCUGUCUCACUGCAGGGGUCUGGCCCCACAUCUUAAACACCUACAAAACACAGGUGCCGAGCUUACCUUGAACAUGCGACUGACUGGCCAGCAGGUCCCGGAACAACCAGUCACCCUUGGGUCUACGCUCACUCCGUCUCCCUCCCCUUCCCCAUCUCCUCCCCCAGCCCCCUCCAUGUCUCCGACUACACCCCUCUCCCAGGGCGUGUUCCAAUGCCUUGUCUGCCUGUGCUUUUCUUCCGACAGCUUAGAGUCUGUAGAGAAACACCUGAAUGCGCCCCGCUCCUUGCCUCAGUCUGAGUGGUGCUCCCUUGUUGCAGGUGGUUGCCACUGCAGACUGUGUGGCUACACCACCCCUUUGAGGGCCAACUUCUCCUUACACUGCCAGACUGACAGACACCGCACCCGCUACCAGCUAGCUGCUCACCUCCAGGAGGGUGGAGACAGGGGUCAGGAGGGAGCCUCCCUCAUUGCUAAGGGCAACCCCAUCCAGCUACGGUGCAACCUAUGUGACUUUGUAACGAGCAGUCUGGAGAAGCUACAGGGACAUUCCCUUGCUCCGCACCAUGGGGCCAGCUUCAGAGUGUACAAAUUCCUGCAGCAGUAUGAUGGGGAGGUUGAUGGAGGUUCGUGGCUGUUCCAUUGUCUUCUAUGCAACCACUCCUCGUCUUCUAAACUGCAAGUACUGAAACACAGUCAAACUUCAGCCCAUCAACAAAGAGAAGGGCUCCUGCAAUUGCAGCCAAUGGGUGGAGAAGAGCUGGCAGCCAUUUUUACCAUCAGAAAAUGCCAAAGUGGCAUCCCAGGAGAGCUUAUUGAGGACAUGGAGACUUUUAGUGAGACCAGCACUGAUCCCUUGGACACAACCAAAGACACAAGUAAUUUAGGGGCAAAAAUCGCUGAGCAAACAGUAAAAACGAAAGAAGACCAAGAAAGAAGAGAUUCAUUGCCUACGGCGAAGCGGCCAUCCUCUAUACAUGAAGAAAUGGAAACCUCAGUCCCAACCAAGCGCCCCAAAACACACCAGCAAAAUGAGAACCAGCAGACUGUCCAAUGCCCGUUGUGCCAGGUCAGACUCCCGUGCUCACACCUUCGACAGCAUCUAACGCACGUGCACAGUGUGGCACAAGACUGCGUGGACAAGCUCAUCAGCGCGGUGACACCAUCAAUGGAACAGAUCGAGCCUCUGCUGGAGACAGACCUACAGGAUACGAUUACUAAUAAUAUUCAGAACACUAAAACUAAGACAAGCAAUGACGCAAACGGCUCCCGUACUGCAGAGCCAAUUAUUGGUUCACAGAAAAAUAAAGGCAUCUUGGUGGAGAACACUGAGGGAGAUGUUGCCGCACCCAAAGAUGUCACAGCACUGCUCACCCCACCCCUAGAAGACAACACCACUCACCCCUCCAAUGGCACACUUGCUCCUCGGUCCCCAACUCAAACACCCCCUUCCUCUCCACCUACCUCCCCUCCCAGCGACCCCUCUCCCCUUUCAGAUCGUCAUGGUUACCGCUUUCGUUGCAGCAGGUGCAGCUUGGCGUUUCCCACUCAGGAGAAGCUCCAGCUGCACUGGCAGUACCAUGCCAUGAGGGCGGCGACAGAGUGUUCCCUUUGUUCUAGACAAUGCCGCAGUCAGGAGGCCCUGCAGAGACACAUGCAAAACACGCACUCACAGCAGGACAGCACACAGGAACAGAAUGCUCUCUUAGCACCACACACUGUGCCAUACAUGGAGCACAAUAAGAGCUCAGUUGAGCAAGAUUUCAGUUUAUCACCUCAAGUUGGUCAAGAAGCAGGAGAGGGUGAUGAUGACAAGAUAGAGGAAGAGGCACUGGGCAUGGAGGAGAGGGAGGAACAAAAACAAGACAAAACUAAAGAGAAGGAGGUUGUCCAUGAAGCUGAUGGAGUUGAGGAGAAUCCAAAUGAGUUUGAGAAAGGGCCACCAGAGGAGGUUGUAUCAGAACCUAGUUCUAGCCUUCAUGUCAAAAAAAGCUCAAACCCUACAAUGGAUCGUUAUCUAGAUCCCUCCAGGCCUUAUAAAUGCACCAUAUGCUCAGAGUCUUUUACUCAAAAAACAAUUCUUCUGGUCCACUAUAAUUCGGUAUCCCAUCUGCAUCGGGCCAGAAGAGCCUUGCAAGAUUCUGGUACAAAUUCUUUGACCCCUGAGGCCCCACGUGGCCCAGAUCCUAGACCCUACCGCUGCCGAUUAUGUGGAGUAGGUUAUAGCCAGAGUUCUACACUCGACAUACAUCUUCGCUCUGUUCUUCAUCAGACCCGAGCUCGUGCCGCCCAAAACUCAGCUCCGCAGACUCCAGAGUCAACUUUGACUUCUCCAGGGUCAGUCCCCCCUACCACUGCCCUGGUUACAAGCAUCAGUGAAGAAACAUCCAAAAGUUUGCCUGUUGCCAAAAAAACAGAUGGGAUAAGCAGUUUGACCCCAUCCUUAAUGGGCUCUAGUUUAUUAGCUGAGAAUCAACCAACCCUCUCUGACCCAGCAGAGUCCCAGCAAGCAAAAAAGAGAGUGGCAGAGCUUCUUGCAUCAAGAAAUCAAUUAAUGUUACUACAGCAGCAACAGCUAGCUCAGGCACAGGUCCAGGCUCAACUGCAACAGCAAACAGCACUGCUUCAGUCCCAAGCAAUCCACCACCUUCCCUUAGGACCAGAAAAUCUCUUUAAACAGCAUUUCGCACUGGCACCGGAUAACCUACUUUCCCUUCAACAGCAACUACUCUUGCCAUUUUACUUGUCAGGAGAUGUGAAGCUUAACCCAGAAUUUAUGGUGAAGAGCCAAGACCUUGGCCUCGAAGCAUCUUCCAAAUUCAUUUCAGAAGAACAGGCUAAGACAGAUUUCAAAGUGGAGUCCCAGUCGGAAGAAAAACACACCCACAAACAAAGUGCAAAUUCUACUUUUAGCCAGCCAACUGACCAUUCACAAAGGGAAGCCAAUGUCGAUGUGGUCUGCAGUGGGUCCUCCAGCAAGCCGAAUAAAACUGAAAUGGAGCAAAACAAUUCCAUAGUUAAGGAAGAACCGGAGGAGAUGCAUGCUGAAAAGGAGAGUCAGAAGCAGGAAGUGGCUUGCUCUUCAUUUACUCAUCCAGGAUCAGAAUGCCCCCCUCCAAGAGUGCCCUAUGCUGCUGCAAAUGGGGAGCCUCUGAGAGCUUUGCUACAGAGCUAUGGCUAUGAGAUGGCUCUGCAGUAUUUACAAAGCAGACACAGACACCAGUUGCAGAUUUUACAACACACUGACAUAAGUAAGGUGGCAGAGUAUUCAGAGACCAAAAAAGAGGAACUUGGUCAUCUAAAGAAUGAAAAAAUGGAAGGGUGGAAUAACAAUUGUAAAGGAACAGAAAUCAACAAAGACAUAGAUUGUAAAACAAUUACUAAAGAUAAUGCAUUUGCAAACUCAAAGCAGAAAUGCUGUGAAACUGGGGAGAAAUGCAGAGACUGUGGCAAGUUGUUUUCUAAUGCCUUGAUUUUAAAAAGCCACCAGGAGUAUCUGCAUAGAAUGUUGUUUCCCACUGAUGCACUGGAGAAAUUCUCUAAAGAAUACAGACUACAAUAUGACCAGAUGUACCCCCUCGCCGAGCAUAAAUCGGUGGAGAACUCAGCUGUUUCCACCCAAGCUGCAGCUUCUACCCCAGGCACAUGCAAAGAAUCAGAGCCCCCAACAGACUCUGUUAAGACUCAAGUGAAAAAAAUGGAAUCUUCACCAAUGCCAUCCAUUUCGGAUCCAAUAAAUAAAGCAAGUGUCACAGCAAAAGAACAGAAAACAGCUGUCCCUGCUGCAUCAUCCCAGUCUUCCCCAUCUCAGUCACUAGAGCCUAAACAUCAGGAGGUGUCAAUCUCUGAUACAUCUGGUACAGCCACAUCCCAUACUACAACCCCAGUAACUCUACCAUUGCCUAAAAUACCCAUGCUCCCUCUUUCUUUGCCUCAGCUUUCCAUACCCCCAUUAUCCAUACCGAAGCUUCCACUUCCACCAAUUCCUUUUUCCAUGGAGCUGCCACUCUUACCACCUGUUGUGAUGAAGUCUAUGGCUCUCCAGACUCAACCAUGGUUAGACUCAAGCAUAAACCCUGAGCUGGCAAAACUUUACCAGUCUCAACUUAACCCAGCACUUCUUGGGCAACAAACACAGCUUAGUCCAGCGUUGCUCUCCCAGCAACCUCAAGCCAGCUCAGCUUUGUUAAGUCAUUCCCCACAGCUAAACACAACUUUGCUUGGUCAACCAUCACAAAAUAGCCAAAUCGGACAGAAAAGCCAAGUCAGUCCAAACACACUGGAACAACAACAGGCUAAAAGAACCAGGACAAGAAUCUCAGAGGAGCAGCUGUCUGUUCUAAGGAAACACUUUGAUAUUAAUAGUCUUCCAAGUGAUGAAGAGAUCAACAAGAUGUCUGCUAUGUCAGGUCUGCCUCACAAAGUAAUCAAACACUGGUUUCGCAACACACUUUUUAAAGAACGUCAACGAGACAAAGAUUCUCCUUACAAUUUUAAUAAUCCCCCAACCACAGCCCUGGAUGAGUCCAGAGAGGACAUCAAAAAACAGUGUUUGACCCUUUCUCCAUGUUCACUUUCCCCAGACCUCUCUGCCAACUCUUCCCCACAACCUCAGGUGAUAGAAGAGCCCCAGAGAGGCAGACGCUCUUCCCGAACUCGUUUUACAGAGAAACAGCUGGAGACUCUGCAGAGUGUGUUUGAGGCCACCCCUUACCCCAGAGAGGAAGAAUAUGACAGGUUGUCUGCUAUCCUGUCCCUUCCUAACAGAGUUAUUGUUGUGUGGUUCCAAAAUGCAAGACAGAGAGCUCGCAAGAAUCAAGACCGUGGAACAGAUGACGGAACAGAGGGGAAGAGCCAUCUUGACAACAUCAACAGACAGAGAAGUGAUUGUUACAUGACAGAUGUUGAUCAUCAGGAUAACAGCUAUGAUAAUGAAGGACAAGGUGACCCUCAUAAUGAUAAUUCCAUGGAUUUGACUUAUGAGUAUUACACCCACCCUGAUUCGCCUUCCCUUGAUUCCUCUGUUCACUGCUCUGAAAGUGAGCAUCAAGCAGCCAAAGGUGAGCAAACAUUUGCUGCAAAAAACAGAGAAGAUAAAAUAACCUCUGCUCAGGCUACCACUAGCUCAGCAUCUGGGAACAGUCAAAAUACAAUUUCAGAAGAGGAUAUGCAACAGAAAGAGUUAUCUCAGACCUUGAAGACACCAUCUGAUCCACUACCCAGAAGUUCUGCAGAUAAGCCCCAACAUUGUGCUGAAUCAUCUUCGCAAAAUAGUUCAACGCCAAUCUUGUCUAAGGCUAAAUCAGACCUGGCAAUUGCACGCAGUCCUUUAAGAGAACAACUCUCUGAAAAUGUUGCUCAGCCAAUGACCAGCCCCUCCUCCGCUCCAGAUUCAGAAACAAUUCAGUCGUGGACACCUGACACAACAGCGUGCCUAUCCACUGAAACCCAGCCACAGCCUCAAGCUCCGGCUCAAUUCCAGUGCAGUGUCUGCCCAGUGUCUUUGCCAUCUUUUCAGAUGUGGCAAGAACAUCAGACUAGGCAUCUCCUGGCAGCUCAGUCCCAGGUACAACUUUUACACUCUGGAUUCACAGACCUACCCAUGCCUUACAUGAUGCUUCACCCUAACCCAACUUUAAUGGCAAGCCAAAUGCUUUCAGGGGCCAUGUCCCAGAUACAUCCCAACCCCACACAUCCCAUGAUUUCACACCUGGACAGCAUGCAAAUUAAGAACACAUUCUCUGAUCACUCUAGUAACACCCUUAACAAUCCCUUGACCCCCACAAAGCAGACUACAAAGCAUAUAUCAGAGACUAGUUUUGAAGGCCAAAGAGCCAAUAGGGAGGUUGAAGAGGAGCACAGGAGGGAUAAACGUCAAAGAACCACCAUCACGCCAGAACAGCUUGAAGUGUUGUAUCAGCGGUACAGUUUGGACUCUAACCCCACCAGAGGAGUCCUCGAGAGUAUUGCGCGAGAUGUAGGUCUCACAAGACGUGUGGUUCAGGUCUGGUUUCAGAAUACGCGGGCAAGAGAAAGAAAAGGACAGUUUCGGUCAGUGGGUCCAGGAUCAAGUUUCACCUUGGGUUUGAACCACCUGCGCUGCCCAUUCUGCAGGGCUCUUUUCAAAGUGAAGAGUGCACUUGAUGCCCAUAUGAGAUCACGCCAUUGGGCGGAGGCUGAAAGAACAGGCUACAAUCUGUCAAUAGGUAAUGGAUCCAGUGGACAGACUGUGAUGGCGUUGACAUCUGCCACAGAGAGACCAGGUCCGUCUAACUCCUCUAAUCCUAUCCACGACCCUGGCUAUGACAUGCGCAACAAAGAGUUUAGCUUGAAGCCACCAGCUGGUUCUUUCUCUUCCUCCACCAACCCGAAAAACCCAGAAGAAGACGAUGAUGAAUAUGAGGAAGAUGAUGACGACUACCCUUGUGAGGAGAGUUCCAGUAUGGCUGACCAAGGUUCUCCAAGUCCUGAAAUAUCAGGGGAUCAAAGCUCAGAUUGGAGUGAGACGCAAAGUCAGCAGCAGCACCACCACCACCACCAUCAGCAGCAGCGCCAAAGGACACAGAUGAGCCACUUCCAGGUACUUCAGCUAAAAAACUUCUACAGGAGCCACCGUACACCAAACCGCCUCGAAUGUGAGACAUUGGGCCAGGAGUUGGGAUUGCCCUCUCGUGUGGUCCAGGUGUGGUUCCAGAAUGCCAGAGCUAAGGAGAAGAGAGCCAAGACCCUGACCUCUGACACUGCUGAGAGGGAACAAGCAGAGCUUUCAGCCAGGGCAGGGGAGAGAGACAGAGCUUAGAAAGGCAGACUGCUUCCUUCAGACAUGUUCCCACCAAAAUCCGUUCCCAAACAUCUGUCUGACUCCACACAUACCCUGUCUACUUGCUGCCAAACCAAUAACCAGAACACCCCAAAGAUGCAGAGCCACAGUGGCCCAAAGAAGAAACUCUCUUAACUGGUGAGGGAGAGCCCAAACAAAGUCCUCUUUUACAAGAGCUUUCCUCUUUUCAUGUUGCUCCUUAACUAUUUCCCGAUCUGUCCUUUCUUUUUGAAACAAGCUCUUCUCCCAAUUCCUCCAGAAUCCUUACUACACCAAACUCCAUCUUUAUAGAAAAAAAACCAUGCCACAGAGGCCAAAGAGCAUUCUUCAAGUAUGUGACCUCACUGCCCAGCUAGACCUGCAGUCUACCUCUCAGUCUGCAUGACAGACUCACAGUGGGCCCUCCACCAGACAUUGCUAGACAACUAGCUGUGUAGCAUGUAGUUCCAGUUUGGUCAAAGUUGGAAAAAUAAAUUGUCAAAGAGAUUUUAGUGUAAAUAGAGAACUCCAAAAAAGAAAAAAAGAAACUUGAAGAAAACAAAGCAGUGGAAACGGAAGGAAAAAAAAACUGAAUAAUAUCCUUGAAAUACCUUUGGGUAUUUGCGUAGAGCUUUUGUAAAGACUGUCUCAGAUUCCAAAGCUCAUAACCAAAAUUUUCUAUGUCUGUUGAUUUAGUUUAAAUGUGUUUGUUUUCAGUAAGAAACUGCAGAGCGGACGUCUGUACGGUGAGGGGGUGAGAUCUGCAGCUGUCGUAGGUGAACUGAGUACCAACAGACUGGUGUGGUGCUAGAGUACCACUUCACCCCCCAAAAAGCCAAUGAUAAGUCUUCUGUUGUACAUGUGACUCCUUGUAUGUUCCUUUAGUGGAUAAAAGUCCAAAUAGCACAGUAUGUAAAGGCCAGUUUGUCCCAAAGGGGGGUAAACUAUUUUUUAUAGCACUCAACCAUUAUACUGUAUAUGAAAACUCUAACCAAACUCAAAUUUACAUUGUGUGUGUUUAGUGAUAGUUUCUUAAUAUAAAAUCUUAUGGAUUGACACAGACGGUCUUGCUUCAAUAUAAGUGUGUCAUGAAAAUGAAAAGAUUAAGACAAGCUUUCAUAUGUUCAGGUAAGGUAAAUUGCUACCUUUCCGUUUUAUUUGAAUAUACCAAUGGCUUAACAAUGUUAUGUGAUAAAUGUAAAGCUUUCUAUGCUCGGAUCAACAUGGCUCCUCUUCAGAUGUGAUCUUCAAAUUGCAUCAAUCUGUUUCUAAAAGAAAAGAUGCCUAUAGUUAUAACUUGAACUAAGAAUUUCAGGAAACCUACACAAACAUCUCUGCAUUUCAAAGAUCUGAGCUUUUCACCUCUGAGUGAUUGUCACAAAAAACUUAUUGAAACUAAAGUGUUUAAUAGUGUGAGGGGUAAAUGUACAGUAUUUAGCUUUUGUAUGGUUGACUCGAGACUUCAUUGGAUGUUUGACGCGUAGCUCUCUUUUCCACAUGUACUGAGCUUUUCUGCAAAGUUGUUGGGGGAAAAAAACACUUUGGAUGUUAUUGAUGUUAUUUUUCUACUCUUAAUUUAUUUUUUUCCUUCUCCCUUCACACAUGAUUUUUUUGAUUUUUACUCUCAGUUUGAUUAAUACCAGUCCUUAUUCUACCUGUAAUAAUGAUAAUAUAACAAUAAUAGCUAAACAAUAGUUAAUGCUUUAAGACAAAAAUCCAAAGACGUGAUAAUACUUUAACAAUAUGAACUACAAAAAUAAGCGCUACUGUUUACUUGAUGUACUGCUGUUUUUAAAGAAGGAAGGAGUCCCUGUAUCUAAGCUACUGUUUUCUGCCUCUCAUAAGCACACUGGAGACUGUAACCAAAACCCCAAACUAGAGCCAUGGCAGUCUGUAAUAUAGCGGUUGAAGAGUUUUACUUCUCCUGAGAAAUGUUGCAUUUAUUUUUCUUUUAUACCAUAGUGUUGAACUUCAGCCCUUAAGGAUGUCCAGUUUGCUGCUAAUGUACUGUAGUUUCUAAUGAUAUUGUAGAAAGAUGCAUGCUCUGAUCGCUUUACCACUAGGCUUUAAUGACUACAAACUGUAAUGAUACCUGUGAUGCUGUUGAUAAAAUGCUCCUCUGUCAUUGUGUUCAAAGGCUACACAGUUGAAACCAGCUGGUUACAUGCACUAUAUAUCUUGUUUCUCGCUUUCUGGCACUGAAUCAGACUAAACUUUUCCCAUUUUAUUUCAGUUUGGAUUACUGAAAUUAUUUUUAUUUCCCAUUUUUUAUUUUCUUCAAAGUCAGUUUACAAAAAAAAAAAAAAAAAUCUGUAGUUAUUUCAUAGAAUUGCUAUUUAAACUGGGCCAAAUCUUUUGGGCAUAUUUCCACUAGCUUUUCACAACAGUUUACUGGAAUUUUUGUCCAUCCCUCCUGACAGAACUGCUGUAACUGAGCCAAGUUUAUAGGCCACUUUGCAUUCUCGUAUCUUUUUAGCUCUGCCCACAAUUUUUCUAGGACUGAAAUCAGGGCUGUGUAAUGGCCACUGUAAAAAGACCGACCUGUCCUUAAACCACUUUGUAAGUUAUUGGUUCGUAUGAUUAGCUCAUUGUCCAUUUGGAUCACAUUUUUGUACCCAAGCUUUAACUUCCUGGCUGAUGUCUUGAGAUGUUGCCUUAACAUUUCCACACGGUAUUCUUUCCUAAUUAAUACAUACAUUUUUUUGUGAAGUGCACCAGUCUGCCCUGCAACAAAAUACCCACAUAACAUGAUCAAUAAUUAAGAUGAUGCCACCUCUGUACUUCACAAUUAGAAUGGUAUUCGUUCAAGCCUCUCCCCUUUUCUUUCCAAUUUAAUGAUGGUCACUCUGUUUAAACACAUAAACCAUUUUAAUUUCAUCAUACCACAGGACAUUUUAUCUAAUGUAAUUAUUUGAACGGAUAAACAAGGCACAUUCAGGCAACUGACUUGGACCACAAUUCUCUUCCUGUGUAUUUAAAGUGUUGCCUUUAAUACAUCUGCUGGUGUGCCCUCAGUUAACAAAUUCCUCCCAAAAAAAUCUCUUUCUUAUCACUCAGGCAUUUGUCAAAUACAAAUAGUUUUGGUAAUCCUAACUGACCUCAGACAGCACACAUUUAUUCUGAUUAAUUGUGAGACAGUGAGAGAAAAAAAAGCUAAUAUAUCUUUUUAUACAGUGUAGGCAAACAUCUGGCUUCAACUGUAGAUGUGUGGGGCUCAAUUCCAUCAGGUUUCUUGAUCAGUAUCCCACAACGCAAGACAAAAAAUGGAUUUCAUGUUAUUAGAAAUAUUUUUUUCAGGCCUCCAGUUUAACAAAAAAAUCUUAUUUGGGCAUUAACCUCUCAAUGCAUUUGAAGAUACUGCAAAGAUGUUUGAAUGAGUUAAGCCCCAAACCUUCCACUUGUACGGUGUCUUUCUGUGUUGCAAUGUCUCUGGUCAGUAAGUCCAGCUCAAACAGCUUUGCUGACUCCGACUGACAUCACAGCCAAGUUUCCAAAGGAUAUGGACUGAGAAACUCUGUCAUGUUUUUUUUUUCUUUUUAAACUAACCAAUGUUUACGACAAUACCAAUGAGCUUUGUUCUGUGCAGAAAUGUGCAUUCCAAAUACCACAAAGGCAGUUUUCUGUUCAAGACCGAUGAUUUAACAUUUGAUUUUUCUCGUAUUCUCUUGAUUGUAGUGACUGUAAGAUGUACAUAUUGGAGUCCUUUAACGACAAAGGGACUCUGUUAACCUUACUGUAGGUAAAACAGUUUUUCAUUUUUUUUCUGGAUAUGUUGUUGCCAUAGUGAUGACCAAAAAGAUACCUGUGAUGUGCACCUGUCCUUAUGUCCUGCUCCAGUGGUUUAGUGUGUCUCUAUCCUCAUCCCAGUUCCCCCCCCCCCCAAUGUUGUGCGUUUCUCCCCUUGCCCUCCCCCCAUACUCCACUGAGCUAAAUAAAGUCUGCUUUGGUGCACGCUCUGGUGUCAUCCCUAUGGUCUAACUUAGAAAAGUAAUUUUAUGAAUGUUCUAUGUAAGGGGAUCAGCUCUCUUGUGGAUCUUUCGUGCUCUGUGUUUGGUAUUGGGGUACAUCUGGCAGCAAAGCAUUUUGCAUGCAGUUGUGUGUGUGUGUGUGUGUGUGUGCUGAGUGUGGAAGGCGUUUGGUGAAUGGAGCCUUGACCUCUAGGGUCACUUCAUUAAUUACAUCUCUGACAUUCAGCCAGAUGAGUUUCCUUUGUGACUAAAUGAUAUGAUGAAUAUUAACGACCUCGGAUGAAUUACUUUGCUGCUCCGGCUGCUGAUGAUGAUAAUGUGUUUUACGGCUCUGGGAGAGAGUGGAGGAAAAACUGCACACUGCAGCACCUUUUGGACAAACUGAUAUUCAUGUGAAACAUUUCAAAAGAGCACAGCGUAGGAUCGGUGAAUAAGACUUUUAUUUUUUUGCUCUUUCUCAAGAAAAAGAAAAAAAAACGUCUUGAAGCGGCAGCGCUGGAAUGUGGCUUUUCUCUCAGAGUCACAUACAAGUCAAAACCCAAACUGGCAUCUGCCUCAUAGUCUCCUGCGAGAGGGCUGUUCAUUUAGCCUCGACACAGAAAUGCAACAGCGGAAAAUGUAACCGUGAAGAUGUUAUGAUCUGAUUGUGGCUGCAGGGACGGGGAGACAAAAACAGAUACAUGUGGAGAACAAAAGCAAAGUAAACACACGAGAGGGCUUUGAGAUAGCUGCGUAUCGGUUGAUAGCCAUCUUAGAAAGUCAUUGUGAUAAAGUGAUCCCCCACCAUUUCUCCUUCUCCCUGUCCUCCCCUCUUAAUCAAAUGAGCACUGUGCAGCUGGUGGGGUUGCGGCAAAAAAGGGGGUACAAGUGCAUUUGUGUGUGCGUGGAGCGUCGGUGGAAGGGGAGGGGGGGCUUUGAGGGACGGCGUGAAAUUAUUGCCUGCUGGUGUAUAUGUGUCGCUGGGGGUAGUGGAGUAAAGUAGGGGGUUGGGGAUGGGGAUGAGGAAGCGGCGGGGUGGGGAGGGGGUAAUGUCAUUGCCUGCUGGUAUAUCUGUAGUGGGGGCUCAUUUAGAUUUAGAUUGGUUAUGUGAGGAGAGAGCUUGAAAGGCCAGCUCAUGUUUAUGCAUGAAUCCCGAAGCAUGCUGCGGUGGUGGAGCCCCGAUUUAAAGAGACAGAGCUCAAAUGCGGUCGCUCAUUGAGACACACCUUCUGCUUCUGAGGAUAAGCUUUCAUUUGAAGCCACAUGGCGCUAUUAGAUAGAUUUUAACAAGCGUGCAGCUGUAAGGCUGUUUGUGGCAAUCCCCCCCCCCCCCCCCCCAGUCCCUGCUUUCUGGUACAUAUCUGUCCUUUUUAAUCAAAACGAAAUUCAAAUUUGAGCACUGGUAAAAGUCGCCGUCACCACCCACCGCCUGACUGCAUGGCGGACUAUCGCCUCGGCGUCUCCCCACAGCUGAUACAUAGCUUCUCGCAUUACACUCACUCAUACCCCAAUAGUAAUCAGUAAAUGUCUCUGCAGAAGAGUUUGUUCAGCACUUCAUCAGGUAUAAAGUGGUUUUUAUUUGGAAAUGUGGUCCCUAUCCAUCUUUUAAAUGACUUUUUAAUGGUCGUCACACCGUCCUAAUCAAUCAUGUUGUAGAGCUAGCCUGCGAGCGCAAAUACGCUAUUUAUAAUUCCUCCAUUCUGCUUAAAAAUUGACACAGCGCCUUUUGUAGAAAUAU